AUGGUUGCUGCUGCCCUGAGGAGGAUGAGGGGGCCCGCACAAGCAAAACUUCUGCCCAGGUCGGCCAUCCAAGCCUUUGCGGGGCUGGUGGGGCCGCUGGUCUUGGCGCUCCUCCUUGUGUCCGCCACUCUAUCCAGUGUUGUAUCAUGGACUGAUUCACUGAUUCAAUCUGUACUCAACUCAGAUAUUUCUACCCCAAAUGUGAAUGCUUUAACACAUGAAAAACAAACCAAAUCUUCUAUUUCCCAAAUCAGUACCACCCUCCCUCCCACAAUGAGUACUGAGAAAAGUGGAGGAGCAUCUGUGGCCCCUCAUCCCUCACCUACACCUCUGUCUCAAGAGGAAGCUGAUAACAAUGAAGAUCCUAGCACAGAGGAGGAGGAUCUUCUCACGCUGAACAGUUCUCCAUCCACAGCCAAAGACACUCUGGACAGUGGCAAUUAUGGAGAACCAGACUAUGACUGGACCACGGGCCACAGGGAUGACGACGAGUCUGAUGACACCUUGGAAGAAAACAGGGGUUACAUGGAAAUUGAACAGUCAGUGAAAUCUUUUAAGAUGCCAUCCUCAAAUAUAGAAGAGGAAGACAGCCAUUUCUUUUUUCAUCUUAUUAUUUUUGCUUUUUGCAUUGCUAUUGUCUACAUUACAUACCACAAAAAAAGGAAGAUUUUUCUUCUGGUUCAAAGCAGAAAAUGGCGUGAUGGCCUUUGUUCCAAAACAGUGGAAUACCAUUGCCUAGAUCAGAAUGUUAAUGAGGCAAUGUCUUCUUUGAAGAUUACCAAUAAUUAUAUUUUUUGCCCUGUGAUUUGAGUUUGCUUAUUAUGU